GAAGGCGCUUCCGGAGGCGGGAGGUCGCGGCGUGGAGCGGCGGCGCGGCGCUGCCCGAGCGGUGCUGGCGGGACGGCAGGAGCGGAGCGGCGGGGCCCGUGUGCGGCGCGCUGCGGAGGAAGGCACCAGCCGGCUCCGCCAUGUCCUACUGCAGGCAGGAAGGAAAGGACAGAAUCAUAUUUGCAACCAAGGAGGACCAUGAGACACCGAGCAGUGCUGAGCUGGUUGCAGAUGACCCAGAUGACCCUUAUGAAGAGCAAGGAUUGAUAUUGCCCAAUGGAGAUAUCAAUUGGAAUUGCCCAUGUCUGGGUGGAAUGGCUAGUGGUCCCUGUGGGGAGCAGUUCAAGUCAGCCUUUUCUUGUUUCCACUAUAGCUCAGAAGAAAUAAAGGGAUCAGACUGUGUGGACCAAUUCCGUGCCAUGCAGGAAUGCAUGCAAAAAUACCCAGAUCUUUACCCUCAAGAGGAUGAAAAUGAUGAGAAGUCCAGCAAGGAUUUGGAAGCUGCCUCUAUGGAGGCCUCUGCUGCCAAAGAGGAGGAAGGAUCCAGCUAAUGAAGAUGCAAGGAGGCUGUCGUCUCCAUUUCUCAUUUUCAGACAUGGACUUCUGCACUGUGUCUGUCUUCUGAGUAGUGAGGAAAUGUUUCACCAUAUUCUGUGCACUGUAUCAUAAUAAAUAAUUUAUUCCCG